UGAGACCAGCGCUGCGCUCCAGCCCCCUUUUCCCUCCAUGGUUUCUCUCCGCUCCCGUGAGUAACUUGGCUCCGGGGGCUCCGCUCGCCUGCCUGCACGCCGCCCGCCUCCUGGGACCGCGCCGCCGGCCUCUGCCGCCAGCAGACCCCUUCCGACGGCCCUCGCUGCGCAGGCCGGGACGCCUCUCCCCCCUCCGCCCCCGCCGCGGAAAGUUAAGUUUGAAGAGGGGGGAAGAGGGAAACAUGGACAUGAAGAGGAGGAUCCACCUGGAGCUGAGGAACCGGACUCCGGCAGCUGUUCGAGAACUUGUUCUGGACAAUUGCAAAUCAAAUGAUGGGAAAAUUGAGGGCUUAACAGCUGAAUUUGUGAACUUAGAGUUCCUCAGUUUAAUAAAUGUAGGCUUGAUUUCAGUUUCAAAUCUCCCCAAACUACCUAAAUUGAAAAAGCUUGAGCUCAGUGACAAUAGAAUCUUUGGAGGUCUGGACAUGUUAGCAGAAAAACUUCCAAAUCUCACACAUCUAAACUUAAGUGGAAAUAAGCUGAAAGAUAUCAGCACCUUGGAACCUUUGAAAAAGUUGGAAUAUCUGAAAAGCCUGGAUCUGUUUAACUGUGAGGUUACUAACCUGAAUGACUACCGAGAGAGUGUCUUUAAACUCCUGCCUCAGUUGACCUACCUGGAUGGCUAUGACCGAGAGGAUCGGGAAGCGCCUGACUCAGAUGCCGAGGUGGAUGGUGUGGAUGAAGAAGAGGAGGAUGAAGAAGGAGAAGAUGAGGAGGACGAGGAGGAUGAGGAUGGUGAGGAGGAAGAGUUUGAUGAUGAAGACGAUGAAGAUGAAGACGAAGAUGUAGAAGGGGAAGAUGAUGAAGACGAAGUCAGUGGGGAGGAAGAAGAAUUUGGACACGAUGGAGAAGUUGAUGAAGAUGAAGACGAGGAGGAUGAAGAUGAAGAUGAAGAGGAGGAAGAAAGUGGGAAAGGUGAAAAGAGGAAGAGAGAAACAGACGAUGAAGGAGAAGAUGAUUAAGACCCCAAAUAACUUGCAAAAAAAGAACUGUUCAGUAUUUGUUGGACUGCUCAUACGGAUUUGGUAGCUGUUUAAAAAAAAAAAGGUAGCUGUGAUACAAACCCCAGGAUACCCACCCACCCAAAGAGCCAAAGAAU